AUGUGGCUUUGGGACGCUAAGAAUAAUUACCCUAUUGAUCUCGAAAAAGUUACUUCUAACUUACUUCCCACAUGGCAGUUGAAGAAGAGGAACGCUGUAUUUGCCAAAUAUGCAAUUGCGGAUUGCAGAAACCACAAAUGUUCACAUAUGGACCCAGAUUGGGUUGCUAGAGGAAAGCUGGACGGAAAUACUGAGUAUAACGCUCAAUAUCCAGGAAAAGAAGCUCAAAGGGCAAAGGCGAUCCGACCAGCGGAAACGCUACUGAAUUCGGGUGAAUUCAAUGGAGAGACAACAAACCGGGCGGAUUUCUAUGAGAAACAUGGUGUUAGAAGUCGUGCUAUCCGGCCAGUGACAAACACUAUUCAAAGCGGAGAAUUCAAUGGCAUCACCACUAACAAAUCUGAUUACUAUAGGAAACAGGCUGAAAAGGCUGCAGCGUUCCGACCUCAUGAAACUGCUAUCGGUGGUGGAGAAUUCACUGGAGCUACCACUAAUCGAACAGAUUUCGAUCGAAAGGAGGUAAGUGAGCCUGAACGAUGGGCGUACCUGCCGGAGAAGGGAGGACGUCAGAAGGCCUUCCGUCCCGGCUUCACCGCUAUGCAAUCAGGGGAAUUCACAGAUGUCACUACUAACCGGGCUGAUUUCGAUCGUAAGCAAGGUGAAAAAAGUCGUGCAUUCCGCCCGGCUGUGAGCGCCAUCACGAGCGGCGACUUCUCCGGAAUCACUACGAAUCGAGCCGACUAUGAUCAGAAGACGGGAAAGCGUAGUUCACCAAUUCGUCCUUCGUCAACAAAUCUGCUACUAGGUGGCCCUAUGGAUGCACUAACCAUUACCCAGGCUGACUAUCGUGGAAAACGAGGAGAGAAGGCGAUGGCAAUGAGGCCUAGGAGUAAUGAAAUCGAACGAGGACAACCAUUCGAUGGCCAUUCUACCUAUCAGGAUGGUUUUGUUCCCAAACAAGCGAAUCGUCAACGUUCAAUGCGUCCAACGGAAACGAAUUACCAAUCGACCGAUGCAUUUACUGGAAACACUACUCAAAGAACAGAUUUCAUUUCAAAGAAAGUCGACAUUUGUCCAGCAGAGAAAGUGUUGAGCAGAAGAGAUCGUACGUACGAGUUCACGAGAAGACGCAAUGGCCACGAUUUCUACUAUCAUCGGGUAACACACGGAACCCACUCAAAUUCUACUCUCGUUCCAGUUGCAUGA